GCGGACAGAGUCACGGUUGCGGAGUUCACACCUGCGAAGAUGCAAGUCGCUAUGUUGGGGAGUUCAAGUGGGGCGUCAAGCAUGGUCUUGGUCAUUACCACUUCAGGAACGGUGACGUAUACGCAGGAGAAUACUUUGCUGACAAGAUGCAUGGAUUCGGGGUCUAUGGGUUUGCAAAUGGUCACCGGUAUGAAGGAGCUUGGCAUGAAGGUAGGCGGCAAGGGCUGGGCAUGUAUACAUUCAGAAAUGGAGAAACACAGUCGGGCCAUUGGCAAAAUGGGAUCCUCGACAUUCCAAGCACACAAAAUACAACUUUUCCCAUAUCUCCUGUUGCAGUCAACCAUUCCAAAGUGCUUAAUGCAGUCCAGGAGGCACGGAGAGCAGCCGAGAAGGCUUAUGACGUAGACAAGGUUGAUGAGAGAGUUAACAGAGCCGUUGCAGCUGCCAAUACAGCUGCCAAUGCUGCAAGAGUGGCGGCCUUCAAAGCUGCCCAAAAACAAUCUAAAAACAUGGACAAUUUUCCGAUUCCUGUUGUGUGAACCAAUUCUACUAGUAGUACACAGGCGAAGGAAAGUCGACAAGCAUAUUACUCAAGAGACCGUGUUGGGGAAAUCAAUGCAAAAAAAACCCUGGUUAGCUGGUUCGUUCAAAAGAGAUGAAUAUGAUGUCAAGCUCACGGCUCAACUCAUAUAUUGAUUUCCUUUCCAAGGCGUGGCAGAGACAUAUGCUAUAUAUAGCGUGAGAUCGUGGAUUGUGAAUCAUGAUUCUGACAGACAACUAAGUUGUUUUAUGUGUGCCAUAAAUCCAGUAAUUAAACAACAAAAUUCGAAUGAAGGUAUAUUUGAAAUGCCUUAUAAUCCGACAACAUGGCUUGAGGAAGUGGUGACGUUGAGUCAUAGGCCUUGCGGGUUCAUCGUUCUUAGGUAGUACUAGCAGCUGAGGUUGUGACCGUGAGUUUAUUUUACAUUCUUUAUUAGGAGAA